UAACUACACGACUUUACAGUCACGUUAGCGCGUGCAUCACUAAGUAUUACCGCUUCAGUAGCUAAUUCACAUUUCCCAACAAAUUCAACCCUAACAUCUCCUGACCAUGUUGGUUAUUUUGGCAGCUGUUACCAUAUUCCAUGUAAUAUCAGCUGUACUUCUCUUCAUUUCAACAAUACACAACGCUUGGUGGGCCUCAGGAAAUUUCUACAUUGAUCUAUGGUAUGCCUGCAAUACCACCUGCUAUCCUGUUGUGAACAGGGAGUCCAGCGCUGCAGGAUAUCUUCAGGCUGUCCAGGCAACCAUGAUUCUGGCUACCAUAUUAUGCUGCGUGGGCUUUGUCGUCUUCACCCUGCAGCUUUUCCGUCUGAAACAAGGGGAGAGAUUUGUUUUCACCGGCAUUGUCCAGCUGCUCUCCGCACUUUGUGUUAUGGUUGGAGCCUCCAUAUACACCGCUCAGCAUGAGAACUUUCAGGAGAAGAAAUUCAGGGACGGGAACUAUGGCUACUCAUUUGUCUUAGCCUGGAUUGCGUUCCCCGUCACCUUGAUCAGUGCCUUGAUGUACCUAACCCUCAGGAAACGCAAAUAGACCACCUCAAGCCAACAGCUGGUAACUACUUACCAACAGCAAAUGCCAUCAUUAAGGUCAUGGUGAAUAUGAAAUACGAAAGCGAAUGCUGUAGAAACUCCGAUUCUUUUUAUGUAAAUGCGUACUGGAAAUGUGUACUGGAAAGAAUUAAAUGUAUUAAAUAAAUUGUUCUACAGUUAAGACUUUUACAGUCAGGUGAGAAAAAUGAGCAGCCUUAAAACAAAACGAACACAAAUACUUGUUUACCUGUCUCUCAGGUUAGUUCCACCAGAAUUUUGUCAGUCUGAAAACUUUCUAUAAAGGAUAAUGGCUAGAAUGUGUAUUCCUGGUGCUAUUGGUUUGAUAUAAUUAAUAUUAAUAACUUGUAAGGUUCAGGGGUCACCAACCACCUCAAGAAAAGGUGAAAAUAUUUUCUUUUUUAAUUUUGUGUUUCAUUUAAUAAUAUUGAGUAAAGUUGAACCAUUGUCUGUUUUCUUCAGUUAUAUUCUCCAGAAGUACACUUAUCCCUGAUUAUUCAGUACUAAUUAAUUCCUGAAUAUUGGUCAAAUAUCAGAAAACUGGAUAAUAUCAUUAUUUUUCCAUUGUUUCUUAAAGGGAAAAAUUAGUUUGUUCCAAGCUCACCUCAAAAUCACCCAAGAUGAUAUGUAAUAUAAUAAGGAGAAAGUACUUUUGCAUUAAAAUAGAAUGAAUAAGAGGGAGAAAAAAAAAAAAACAAUCCGUUGCAUACAGGUAGCUUUUUUAAUCCUGUGCAUAUCCACAAAGCUUUUUUGAAUUGUGUGGGUGUCAGGGUUGCUUCUUUGAAUCACGUGCAUGUCUGCAAAACUUUUGAAUCACGUCUAUGUCUGCAAAACUUUUUUGAAUCAUGUCUAUGUCUGCAAGCAUUUUUGAAUUGUGUGCACAGCUGUAGUGACACAUUUGGGCCUUUAUCACCACUCUGUAGA